AUGACUAAUAAAUUUGUUUCUCAUUCUAUUUUGACAUCCAAAGAUGGAUUAGAAUUUUAGGAAGUGAAGCGUGAUUAGACAAUCCAAGUUUAAGAGAAAAAGUUAUCCUUUAUGACUCUUACAGAAUAAAUGGUUGAAUAGGAAAAACUAGAUUAAUUACUUAGACCAGAAGUAACUAAAAUGCAAAGGAAAAAAUAAACCAAACCUAAUAUUUAUGAGAAGACAAAACCAUUAACAGAUGAAGGUAUUAUCAAUUAUCAAUUUUUUUAGAUAAUCUUGAGUAUGUUGAAGAGAGUGGAUUUAAAUAGGAAAUAUUUAAUGAAGAAGAUUUUGAUUUUUUUUAAUAUUAUGGUUAAUUAAGAGAAAUUGAGAAUAGAAAAAUAAAAAUUGAAAGAGAGCAUAUUAAAUAAUUUAAAUAAAGAAGAUCUGAAUUAACUAUUGAUAGCACUCCUUAAAUUGUUGUAUAAAAAGAAUCAUAAACAUCUGAUAAAUCUUACUCUGUUGGUUCUAUCAAUGUAGUCAAAUUAAAGAUUAAACCUCCUUAAUUUUUAGAAGAUCUAAAACAUUAAAAUAAUAAGGAAGAAACUAAAAAUGUUGAUAAAGAAGAAAAUAACUUAUAAUAAAUUAAAAAUCCAUAUCUUAAAAGUUUUAAACCUCUUGUAAAUGAUGAUGAUGAUGAUAAUAUACCAGAACCUACUGUAUAAAAAAAGGUAAAACUUGUAGAAUAUGAUUCUGAAUGAACC